AUGAGCGCCGUGACCCUCGGCGACCAAACUUUGAAUACAGUCACAGCGGAGUGCAAUUACGCUUUACUCGCUGGAGACGUGAUGAUGGAAGUUCUGUACGCUUUACCGAAUGUGGACAUCCUCCAAAAGUUGGGGCUUAAGGGAGACAAGCCAUCACGCUCCGCACCAGCAGGGGUCAUUCCCUUUAGAUCUGGAAUCAUCCUCAACCAACUGGCACACGUCGAGGGUCCGCUGCGCUCCGUCUGGCCGACGGCCGUCUGGAACGACACGGUGCUGGUUCUGAGCGUGCGCUCGCACAGAGUGAACAGCGCCUUCCUCUUUAGCGUGCUCUCGGAGAAGAAGAAACUUCUCCUGGGGCUGCAGCUUGUACCGGGCAACCUAGUCCUCCACGCGGGACCCAACACCUCUGCGGUGCUGCCCUACGAACCCCACGAUGGCCACUGGCACCAGCUGGCGGUGGGAAUUAAAGGACAGAAAGUGACUCUAUAUGCCUCCUGCGGAGAGCAGAGUGUUCAUGUGGACUUUGGGUGGGACAAUGAGGAGGGAUUGUCCUCGGAGCGGCGGGGCUCCUUCCUGCUGGGCCGGUCGAGCCAACAACAAUCUUGGGCUCGCUUUGAAGGAGCCAUUUGCCAGUUUGACCUGAUCCCGUCUGCCCAGGCAGCUCACAACUACUGCGAGUACAUUAAGAAACAGUGCAGGGAAGCCGACACGUACAGGCCUAAACUUGCGCCCUUACUGCCAGUCUUGGCGCGACAAACCCACGUAUUGUCUACGGCUGCUCCAAAACACGGCAGGCUGACAAUAACUAGGAAGGCCACCGGACAGAGUCUGGCCCGGAGUGUGGCGGCCGCCGCUUCCGCUGUCAGAUAUGUAGCCUCAACCCAAAAAAUAAAGCUCCCCCUUGGGACCACUCCUACACCUUUGCCGGAAACCGCGACGCCGGUCGCCGCUCAGCUCGGCCCGGCUUCCCCUCCUCCGACCAAGACCGUGACUGAAACCGUCACCGUUCCGCUCAGGACGGCGGCAUCCCCGACCAAACCACCUGCUACCAGAUCGUUCACUUCUAAAACAUUACUUCCGAAAAUUCAGACGGCAUCCAGACUAAAUCCUCCAAAACCAACUUGGCAAAGCAAAAAGACCAUGGCGGUGACGGAACAGAAGAAGAAGAAAGCCACUCCCACGGCAAACCCUUCCAAGAAAAAAAUGGACUCUCCAUUUUCUGAUCAAGUUCCAGCACCAAGGAAACCGCAAGUGACCAUCGCUACGAAAACCCCCGCUAAGACCAAAGUCAUACCAUCCAAAGCCACUCUUUCAAAGUUCAAUCCCUCUAAACCUGCUGUAUCCAAAGUGAACCCCUUAAAACCGAGCAUCCGUAGCAGCGUCAAGCCUAACACGAAACAGGUCGUUAAGCCAACGAAGCGAGCCCAAACCACCGAGAUCCCGUCAGUCCUGCGACUUAGCACGCCUCGCUACAACGUUGUAACAUCACCUGCGACCGACAGCUUCCAGAGCUGGGAGGUGGCACCCACUCAAUUCUCCCUGCUAGCCGGACCCGGAGGACUAAAAGGAGAACCUGGCCCUGCGGGACUUCAAGGACUUCCGGGGAAGCCAGGCCUGCCGGGCAAGAGAGGCGCUCGGGGUCCACAGGGUCCCCAUGGAAACCCUGGCCGACCCGGUCCGGCCGGCCUCAAGGGUCACAAAGGAGACCCCGGCAUCUCACCUGGGCCAGCCCCUAAAGGCGAGAAGGGCGACCCGGGAAUCCUCGGCCCGGCCGGCAUGGGAGGUCAAGAAGGACGAAAGGGACAGAAAGGUCACCCGGGUCCACCUGGACUCCCUGGAGAAUCUGGGGAGCAAGGUCCAGUCGGGAGCCAGGGUGCCAAAGGUUAUCCUGGCAGGCAGGGUUUACCUGGCCCAAUAGGACCGAUGGGGCCCAAAGGCGUGCGGGGUUUCAUUGGAAUCCCCGGGCUUUUUGGUCUCCCUGGGCCUGAUGGAGAACGAGGUAUUCCAGGCGAACCAGGCAAGAGGGGCAAGAUGGGUAGGCCGGGCUUUCCGGGGGAUUUUGGAGAACGGGGACCACCUGGAGCAGACGGAGAACCGGGCCAGAUGGGCGCCCCCGGUCCAAAUGGAGUUCUCGGACUAAUUGGUGACAUGGGACCUGUUGGCGAGAUGGGCCUUCCUGGACCCAACGGACUGAAGGGGGUGCCUGGAAAUCCCGGCGAACCAGGACUGAAAGGUGAUAAGGGUGAUAUCGGGCUUCCUGGUGAGCAAGGCGAGAUCGGGUUCAAAGGAGAUAAGGGCAUCCAAGGUGCUUCAGGACCACCUGGCCUCCAAGGGAAACCAGGUCCACAGGGCAGUCCGGGGGACAAAGGCCCCGAUGGUGCACAAGGACCGUUAGGCCCCGAGGGGUUCCCCGGCGACAUGGGACCACCUGGAGAGAAUGGCCUUGAAGGACCAAAGGGAAAACUGGGCGCCAGAGGUUUACCGGGACCGCAGGGCUUGCCUGGCUUGGAGGGAGACGAGGGCCCGAUCGGACCUCCGGGACCGACGGGAUUUGAGGGUCAAAUGGGCAGGAAAGGAUUCCCUGGGAAGGUCGGGCCUGAAGGAGUGAAGGGAGAAACGGGAAUCACGGGAAAGGUCGGCGCCAUGGGAGAAAGGGGCUUAGUCGGUUUCAUUGGACCAGUUGGCGAGGUGGGAAUGGCAGGAGAGAAGGGGGACCGAGGGACGAUGGGUCUUCCCGGACCACCUGGGGAAAAAGGCUCAGACGGUCACCCAGGCACACCAGGGGAGACCGGGCCUCCAGGACCAAUAGGAAGACCAGGACCCCCUGGGGCGUCGGGGCCCGCAGGUACCAGAGGAACCAAAGGCUUGCGGGGCACCCUGGGACCCGACGGUCCAUCGGGAGAGACUGGGUCAGAGGGCAAGAAGGGUCCAGACGGUCCUCCGGGAAAAAUGGGCUUCCCCGGACCUCAGGGGAAAAUUGGGGAGUCUGGGGACAGCGGGCCGAAAGGUUUUCCCGGGAUCCAAGGGCCUUCCGGGGCACCAGGCGACAAGGGACUGGCGGGUGAGCAGGGGCCACCCGGGCCGCCCGGAACUCCGGGAUUGUUGGGAGAAAUUGGUCCAAAGGGUCCUCCAGGCAGUUUGGGAGAACCAGGACUGCCAGGAGAGCCAGGAAACAAGGGAGCCAUCGGAGCAGACGGGAACAUCGGAGAACAGGGACUCAUCGGUCCUCGGGGCGAGCCAGGUUUAGAAGGGGAGGCCGGUCCUGCCGGUCCUGAUGGAAUGAAGGGUGAAAAGGGCGACUUGGGGCCAGAGGGCGACGACGGUGAAAAGGGCCAAAGCGGAUUAAAGGGAAAGGAGGGCCCACCCGGAAGUCCCGGAAUCCCCGGCGUUCGAGGCCAGGAAGGGAAAUGCGGUAAAAUUGGAGAAAAAGGCAAACUGGGACCAAAGGGCGCCAAAGGCCAGCAAGGUCACCUGGGGGAAACCGGGACCGUGGGCAAGACGGGACAGCAGGGCAGCGUGGGGCCCAAGGGCUCCAGAGGCACCAUCGGACAUGUGGGAGCUCCGGGGCGAAUGGGUCAACAGGGGGAAACGGGCCUUUCGGGAUAUGAGGGUCACCAAGGACCUUCCGGCCCAAUGGGACGUCCAGGACCAAAAGGCGAAAAGGGCGAGCAAGGCGAUGACAGCAAAAAGGAGGGUCCCGUGGGUCCCCAGGGUGAAAUUGGUCCUCCCGGCGACAGGGGAGAGAGGGGCGAACCGGGCGACCCAGGUUACAAAGGUCAAGUCGGCGUGGACGGUGAACGAGGCCAAGCGGGCGCUCCCGGACUUCCCGGCCAUCCCGGACCGCGAGGCUUUCGGGGACCCAAAGGCGCCAAAGGAGAUCAGGGUCAAAAAGGCAAAAGAGGUCAGGUGGGAGCAAAAGGCGCCCGAGGAACCGAAGGGACAGCCGGGCCUAUCGGGCCCAGAGGCGUGGUUGGCAGAGAAGGACAGGAGGGAGUGCCCGGAAUGGACGGAGCUCUUGGAAAGGACGGAAGCAAAGGCACGCCGGGAGAACAGGGAAACGACGGCGAGACGGGCAUCCCGGGUAAAGCUGGUUCUCGUGGCAAAACCGGUGUUACGGGACUCCCGGGAAAUCAGGGAGCCUUUGGACCUAAGGGGGAACGAGGUCUUCGCGGACAGAGCGGACCUCCAGGCAAAAGAGGCUUUCGGGGUGGAAUGGGACUUCCCGGGACGCCGGGAGAAGCCGGUCCCAAAGGACAACCUGGUGACGUCGGGGAAUCCGGUUUUCCUGGAGUUUUCGGAGUUUUUGGUCCAAAGGGUCCUCCUGGAGACUUGGGUCCCAAGGGCAUACGAGGACCAAAAGGGCCUCAAGGCGCGACGGGAAGGAGUGGUGUCGUGGGCCCAGCGGGAAUUAUCGGCCCUAGCGGAAACGCGGGCCCUAGAGGAGAGAAAGGCAACCGUGGUGCAAUGGGAGUCCAAGGACCUCGGGGAGCUCCCGGACCUCGCGGACGUCGCGGACCACCGGGUCCCAUUCGAGUCCCUCCAUCCUUUAAAGAGGACGGUCUUUUGUAUAUGGAUUCACACAGCCAUUUGAGGAAUGAGAAUAAGCUAGUGAUGGACCUGCCCAUGCUGGACCAGGGCGCAGAGAUCUUCAAGACCCUCCACUACCUCACUAACCUGAUCCAGAGCCUUAAGAACCCAUUGGGCACCAGGGACAAUCCUGCCCGCAUCUGCAGGGACCUGCACAGCUGUGAACACAAGUUAAAAGACGGCACUUACUGGAUCGACCCCAACCUCGGCUGCACAUCCGACACCGUUGAAGUCUCCUGCAACUUUACGGGUGGCGGACAGACUUGCCUGAAACCAAUAACUGUUUCCAAGCCGGCAGUCAACGUAGGCCGCGUGCAGAUGAACUUUCUCCACCUGCUGAGUGCCGAGGCAGUCCAGCACGUGACCAUCCACUGCCUGAACGUCUCCGUCUGGACCACCUUCCAACAUUCGCCGGUUUCCCGGGAAUCCUCGGUGGCAUUCAAGGCAUGGACCGGCGAGGUGUUUGAGGUCGGCGGAGAGCUGGAGCCCUACGUGGAAGAGGAUUCUUGCUGGAUGAAAGACGGGCGCUGGCACCAAGCCCGAUUUGUGCUCCGCUCCACGGACCCGUCCCUGCUCCCCGUCACCGACGUGCUGCGGCUCCCGGACACCGGCUACCACUUGGAGAUGGGUCCCGUCUGCUUCAAGUGA